UAAAAAAUAAUAAACAAAAACGGAGUAUAUGUAAUGAAAGUAUGAUUUUACUCUUAUUGAGAACUUUGCUUGAAAAACAGUUUAACUAAUAUAAAAAAUAUACUCGAGAAACACAUUUUCCAUUAAGUACAAUCUUUAUCAGUUUAACACCCAAACAGUUAAUAAUAUGUUUUCUGUUACGAAAAUCCCUAAAACAUCUUCAAUUUACUUUUCCUCAGCAUUGAAGCUGAGGCAUAAAUCAAAAACUCACUGGGCAAAGUUGAAAAGAAAAACAGGACCAAAAUAUACAGCCUUGAAUCAUUUUGAUGAUUUUUAUGGUUCAGUUUUUGGAAAUCAGUGGGAGUCUAUUAGAGAAGGUUUGUUACGUCGCCCAAAAUAUGUUGCUGUUAUAAAUAACUAUGGAGACUUUGAGGAAACUAUGGAGUUACUGUCUAAUAAAGGUGCACAUUGUCUUAAUAAGUUAAUGUCAAUACAGCAAGAUUUUUCCAAUACAUAUCACAAAAUCAACAAAGAUUUAACAAAAGACGUCAAACAAGAGAGUAAUGUUGUUAGUAAUUAUGUAUCAAAAAUGGAGCAAAAUGAGAUAAGUAAUAUUUAUCCUACAAACCAAGCACUGCCAGAAAAGUUAGAACUUAAAGACACAACAUUAAAGAGAUUCCAUGAAAAUGAAGUGGAAAUUGAGAGAACCUCAGCACAAACCCUCGAUGAUGCAAUAGCUGAAGCUGAUAUAGACCAGACACGGAUCAUUGAGCCAGGGAUGGGAACUACAUCAGAGGCCCUCUAUCAAUACAUACCAGCAACUAAACUGAAGGGAAUGGACGAUUAUGUUUCUGAAUCAUUGCAUUACUCCUUUUACUCUACAAAUACGAGUGAUUUUCCCUUAGUAAUAGAACCGGAAACAGAGUAUUCAUACCCAGAGCACUUAAAGUUAAUGACUUACGAACGAGAUAGUGAGCUUCAUAUGUUCCCGGAACCAAAGAGAUCUCAAACAGGUGUGUUCAACUAUUACCCAUUGGACGGGGGUAGUGUUCUGGCAGUGUUGGCUCUGUGCCUUCAGCCAGGUGACAGGGUGCUGGAUAUGUGCGCCGCUCCCGGAGGAAAGUCCCUCAUCGCUCUGCAGACCUUGCUACCGGAUGUGCUUGUGUGUAACGAUGUGUCCAUAUCCAGGUCUAAUAGAAUUAAAAAUAUCUUCCGUAACUAUCUAAUAGACUUUGAGACUAGCAACAAGUGGCAAGAACGUGUUGUGCUUAACAGGAAAGAUGGCAGGAAUAUUGUGGAUGAUUAUGGAUUUGAUAAGGUGUUAGUGGACGUACCAUGCACGACAGACAGGCAUGCAGUGAUGGAGAAUGAGAACAACAUAUUCAGAGCUGACAGAGUCAGAGAGAGACUGAGGAUACCGGAGCUACAGUCGCAAUUAUUGGCCAAUGCGCUGCGGGUGACGAGGGUGGGCGGGGCUGUGGUAUACAGCACGUGCUCGCUGAGUCCGGUGCAGAACGACGGCGUGGUGCACAUGGCGCUCAAACAGGUGUUCACCGCGGACGGGAUACUGGCCUCUGUCAGAGAUAUGUCAUCGGCGUUUCAAUGUCUUAGCAGCACGAUGGUGCUGGGAAAAGGCAAGGCCUUACCUAAAUACGGCCAACUGGUGCUCCCCAGCGUGUCAGCUAAUUUUGGUCCUUCGUAUAUCGCGAGACUAGUUCGGACUAAAUAAUAAUUUUGAAUUUCAAAUAUAUUGUAUCUAAAAUUUGCAGUUUCAUAGAUUUCAACGCGCUCUUUACGAGUUUCUUCUUUGACAUUAUCACCGCCAUAUUGGAAAAUGGCGCCUUUAAGCACUUUUUGACAGUAUCUCCUUCCUCCUUUUCGUCUCAUUUCGUCUACGAUGAAAAUAAAAUGAAUAACAUCAAUGAAUGUCUUCACUCAUGUAGGUAUAUAGUUUGUAAACUGGUAGAUGUUUGUACCAAUUCCCUUUAUUUUCCUUGCCUCUGUAUUAUGUUGUUAGUGUUAAGUAACUGUACAAAAUAAAUUAUGUUUAUGUUU